AGUGAAACUACCCAGUCUGGGGAAGUGCAAAAACCCUUCAAAAGGUUUUCCCGCAUUAGGAGAGGCAGAGAAUGGGGGAGGGGAGCUGAGUGACUAUUCCAGAGCUACAUAGUAACUUCACGCUCUGGAAGGGACAGUUCUGAACCUCCUUCCCAGGUGCUGACCCGCUGGUGUUUACGGCAGGAAACUGGGAAGAGCUGGUUCCCAGCCCUUGGAUUUUGACUGGUGAAGAAGACAGAUUUUGGGGAGCGGCGGGGCUCAUUUCAGUGGUUCUCUCUGAAAAAGCCCAGCAAGAUGUCAGGCCUGCUCUCAGUCUUCCUCCACCUCCUCCUUCUCUUCAAGUUGGGUGCCCCAGUGACCUUUCGCCACCACCACUACGAUGACCUCGUGAGGACGCUGUACAAGGUGCACAACGAAUGCCCCUACAUCACUCGUGUUUACAGUAUCGGGCGCAGUGUGAAGGGGAGACACCUCUACGUGCUGGAAUUCAGCGACUACCCUGGAAUCCACGAGCCCUUGGAACCUGAAGUCAAGUACGUGGGGAACAUGCACGGCAACGAGGUGCUGGGCCGCGAGCUGCUGCUGCAGCUGUCGGAGUUCCUGUGCGAGGAGUUCCGGAACGGGAACCUGCGCAUCGCCCGGCUGGUCCAGGACACGCGCAUUCACAUCAUGCCCUCCAUGAACCCCGACGGCUACGAGGUGGCCGCCGCCCAGGGCCCAGACACUUCUGGAUAUCUGGUUGGCAGGAACAACGCAAAUGGAGUGGACCUGAACCGCAACUUCCCCGACCUCAAUACCUACAUCUACUACAAUGAGAAAUAUGGAGGCCUCAACCACCACUUGCCCCUUCCAGACAACUGGAAAAGCCAGGUGGAACCUGAGACCCGGGCUGUGAUCCAGUGGAUACGCUCCCUCAACUUUGUCCUUUCAGCCAAUCUCCAUGGAGGGGCAGUGGUGGCCAAUUACCCGUAUGACAAGUCCCUGGAACAUCGGGUCAGAGGUUCCCGCCGUGCUGCCAGUACCCCCACGCCUGAUGACAAGCUUUUCCAGAAGCUGGCCAAAGUCUACUCUUACGCACAUGGAUGGAUGCACCAUGGUUGGAACUGUGGGGAUUACUUCCCAGACGGCAUCACCAACGGGGCUUCCUGGUAUUCUCUCAGCAAGGGAAUGCAGGACUUCAACUAUCUCCACACCAACUGUUUCGAGAUCACACUGGAACUGAGUUGCAACAAAUUCCCCCCCCAAGAGGAAUUACACCGAGAGUGGCUGGGUAAUCGGGAAGCCCUGAUCCAGUUCUUGGAACAGGUACACCAAGGUAUCAAGGGAAUGGUGCUUGAUGAAAAUAAUAAUAAUCUCCCUGGGGCUGUGAUUUCUGUCAGUGGGAUUAACCAUGAUGUCACUUCAGGUGAUCAAGGCGAUUACUUCCGGCUGUUGCUUCCAGGCACCUACACUGUCACUGCCACAGCACCUGGGUUCGACCCAACGACAGUGACUGUGACCGUGGGUCCUGGGGAACCAAAACUGGUUGACUUCCAGCUGAAGAGAAGCAUCCCUCAAAUAACGGAGUUGCCAGUGCAGCACCUGGAGGCGGAGUCUUACCAAAGCAAGUACGGCCCCGGGUAG